AUGUCGACGAAUACCACAGAUUACGGCACACCAGUUCACAGAGACCUUUGGAAUGCGUGUGCUGGUGCAGACGUUGUAGCACCUUUUCCCUCUGAUCACCUCAACUACAUUCCUAAAGGGCAUGCGGAUCACUGCUCAGCUUCCUCGCAAGUGUUGUCAUCCCUUGAGUAUAUGCCUCCCAUUCACUGUGAUGUUUCCCAAGUCCUACUGAGGGCCGAUCCCCUGACAGAUGAGGUGUAUGCAAAAGUUACUAUGAAGCCGUGUUCCGUGGAAUCUCGUGUUAUUGUACCUAAGCCACCAAAGCCAAUGAUAGAUUUUUCUGAGAAAAGCUGGACGUUCAAGCUCAUGUUCAGAGAUGACCACCAAGAUUACUUAGUGACUCAUUACUGGGCUUCUUUUGUGAUUGAUAAAUCGGUUCAUGUUGGUGAUGUCGUGGUGUUCUUGAGAGACCGCAUCUUGGAUAACACUCGUUUUUCUGUUAGGAGAGCUAGCCCUGUGAGUGUGCCAAAAAGAAACGAUCUCUGCCUUGAAGCCUUUAGCAAAGUACAUGGAUACUUAAGUAGCUAUUAUCCAGCUACGAUUACAUGCUAUCCCAAUGGUGUUGACUCUAAUUUCUUGGUACCGGUACCUUUAUUCGAGACUAUUCUUGGCAUGGACUGGGGAAGAGGUGUAAGGGUUAGCAAAUGGAAUGAUAACAGAGAGCAUCAAGGAACGAUUACAGAAUCUAACUUUAAGAAUCCAUCCUCCGUUGAUUUGUCGGGUAGCAAGUGGAACUGCUUGUGCGUACAAUGGGAUGAACCAGGAUGCUUUAGCAAACAAUGGUUUUCACCGUGGGAGUUACGUCAGAAGAAAACAAACAGUGGAGCUAUGCUCUUUGGAAUAGACCUCUCCGUGGCUCAGGGAAUCACCAAGAAGAAGCGAAAGCGUAGACAAACACAGGCUUGA